AUGCUCGUGAAAACAUCUCUCCAUCUCGUGGUGCUGGCUGGUUUGGCCCUCUCAGUGGUAUCCAGCCAUAUUGUUAAGGGAAAGGGAAACAAUGACGACCAGCCUGGACAAUCUAGACACGACGGGAAACGGGCCAUGGACAAUAUGUACAAAGGUAUGAUGGAGUCUUUUAAGACAAGUUUUGUUCCCGGAUCCAAGAAGGACGACGGUAAUGGUAAUGGUGGUGACGCUUCCCCUAGUGAUUGGAAGAAUAUGAUACCGGGUUUCGCGAAAGGUUUUAUUCCUGAUAGUGCAGAGGAUGGUACAGAUAACAGCACUGUCAGUGAGGACGCUGUUACAGAUUCUUCUGCCACAAACUCAACUUCAAUGGGCAUCGAGGGAUCGUUCAAGGUCAACGCUGCCCUCAAAGAUGACAAAUCCACUGCAGACGAAACAAUGACGUCACAAGAUGGCGAGUCAGUCGAUACCACCGCGCUACCGGAAGUUCUGUCAACUGACGACAAUGUUCCGUCGGAAUAUGGACUUCUUACUGGUGAGAAUGACCUAGCGAAUAUCAAUACACAGUCAAGCGAAACAGGAGCAAUGGAAACUCCAACAGAUUUGUCUGGCACAAAUGAGGAACAAGAUGGUGACAUGACACAAUUAGAAAACGAUUUAGCGGAAACAACAGAUGAAGACCUUAAUCCUCAGGGAGACACUGGCACACAGUUAGAUGAUACAGAAACAGAUUUGAAAGAAAAGGAGCCGGACACAGAUGCAAAAAAGUCUAUGUUUCUAAAGAUGGCUAUGAGUGGUAAGGCGUCCCUCAAGCACGAUGAGAAGCCGGUCACUGAUGUAGAAGAAAAGAAGGAAACUACCAUUUAG